AUGUCAGAACCUCUCAGUGUUGCCGCCAUUCUAAAUGGCAUGGCAGAUGCUCUACCAACGCAUCCCUCCAAUGACGAUUCAUCUGACCUCGCUUCAUCAUACGAAGUCAUCGCUCUCCUCAUCCACUCAUAUCUCGCUGCUUUAGGCUUCAAGCUUCUGGGUUUCGAUGAGGACAAGAACAUACCUGAAUGCGAGUCAUUCGCUCCUCGUCUGCCACCACAAUGGAACUCGGGCUUCGGUUCUUACAGUUUUGUCUAUAAGCACAAGCAAUCGGCCAUGACCUUUAGCAUCCGUAUUGACCGCAUGGGCAAAAAGGUCGAGAUUCGAGGAGUAGCCGUCGGAGAUGACAACAUCCGUCGUUUUGAGAGGUCGAUCAGCGACGUUGUAGAUUCUAAGAAACUCCCUCUUCGCAUCACCAUCAAGGACGGCCAGGAAGAUCGAAGUGGUCUUCCCGAGAAGCUCCGCGAUGUCUUCGCCUCUGAGCAAGCUAUUGCUGAUAUCUUACAUGACCUCAAGGUCAACAUUGUUCAAAAGCUCAUCCCAAAACUCCAAAGCGAAGGCUAUGUCGAGACAGCCGAAGCCGAAGCUAAUGCGCGCUCCGAGCGCCGUGCUCAAGAAGCUCAGAACCCAGACCGUCCGUUCCGUGGCGAUCCUGUACCACACCCACACCCGCUUCAACCCCCAGCGAACCCGCUCCCUGAGAUGGCUCAUCCACGACCUGCACCAGUGGGCGACUUCCCUCCUCCCGGCUUUGAGGAUGAGUACGAGAUGAAUCGACCUCCACGAGGCGGUCUUCAAAUGCCAGGAAGAUCGCCCUACAACAUCGGACACGAUGACUUGAAUCCUCCUGGUCUCGGCCCGCACGAUCCUCUUCGUGGUUCGUUCAUUGGUGGAGGACUGCCUCGUCCUGGUGGUGGCUCAGGGAUGCAUCCUACUUUCGAUGAUCCUUUGUUCGGCGGGCACGGAGGUGACGGUUCCUCUGGUUUCGAUCCUCAAGCACCUCCAGGAGCCCGAUGGGAUCCCACUGGCCCUGGUGGCAACCCGAGAUUCCCUGGUCCUGGUAACGGACGGGGUAACAAUCCCUUUGGUGGAGGUUACGGUGGCGGAUUCGGAGGAGGCUUUGGCGGAGAUAUCAUCUAG